AUGACCGGUCGGUAUGAGCAGAUCAUGAUUUUGUUAUGCUCUGAUUUAUCCGAAUCAGUUCUUGACCGCAGCACCCUUUCUGUAGUGUUCGUGUGGCACAGCCUGCUUGUACAUGAAUCUGGCCAAUCCUUCGACCGCUUAUCAGGGAAGAACAAUUUGUUUUUUUCUUCCACGCCUGAACCGCUCCUCGCUUCAUACCCAUCCGUUCUGAACAAUUCCGGCACUCACACGUGCUGCCCCUUCUCAUCCGUUCUACCUGCCAUGGUUCCGCCCGUCUGCCAAGCAUUUCACACGCCCCUUUAUCCCUUGCUGCCGACCAAUCAAAGCUACUUUGUUGCCUCCUCGCGAUCAAAACAUUAA